AAUCACCAAUUGCUCUUCCAUUCCUUUGGUAUAAGCAGCUUGUUUUGUUUGGGGUUGUUCAGCAUUUGUGGUGUCCCAAUUCCUUUACAGGUUGGCUAAAGAGAUUCUCCAUGAGCAUGUUGACUAGUCUUCUGCUUCUUAGUGCUGCCUUUGCUCUGGCAGAUGCAACUUCAUUGCUAGAGGAAGACUUGUGUCCUUCCGGUUGGACCAAAUAUGGACCACGCUGCUUCAUGUUUGUCAAGACUACAAGGACCUGGCCUGAAGCAGAGCGGCACUGCGUGUCCCUUGGUGAUAAACUGGUGUCUGUACCCAACGUUGUGAAGUACCUUGGCGCAAACCUGGCAUCUGUACACAGCUUCGCUGAGGAGCAAUUUCUACAGAUGAUGGUCUUGGUCAACACUGGUGGUUUCCCUCUUACCUGGAUUGGUGGAUUUGAUGCUGUUCAGUCUAAGGACAGGCUAUGGCUCUGGAGCGACGGUUCUAACUUUGAUCACCGGAACUUGGCAAAAGGACGGCCCGAUGCUGGUGCCAGAGAGACAUGUAUUCAUAUGAACUUUGGAGGUACGGUCAACAGCGCUGGAACAAUGCUUUAUGUGGAAGGAGCUUGCCCUCGGUGUGCUCCCUGAGACUCCUGCCGCUUCGCCAGACUAUACAUUAAAAGCAGCAAUGCUAUUCCGUAGUGUCUGCUCCCUCAAUACUUCAUGGUAAAGUCAAAUACUUUGAAACUUCAUUUAGCAGCAACAGUUACUACACAAUUGUUUGCAGCCAAUAAAAUGUGUACACUGUUUGUCUCAUGAGUUAUUGAACAUGAAUGAUACGUUGUAGUUAGUACUUUUUCUUACUGGUCCCUUGUGGGACUCAAACCCGCAACCCCAAUGUUGCAAGUGCCAUGCUUGACUGUGC